AUGCAACCCGCAUGGGUAGACGACAUCAGUCCCCAAACCCGUCCUGUGGAUCACGCCUCCUACCCGCCACUGACGCCAGAGGAGGUUGCUUACAUACCUGUGUGGCACUGUGAGGACGGGGGCUUGAAGUUGCACGGGCGCACGGUGUGCCAAGGUGCCGCUGGAGACGAAGCGAACACGACGGUGCUGGCGAAGGUCUUCCUCUGCAUGCGCACCAGCCUGGACGCCGCCGAGUCGAGGGCCAUGGGGGUCAUCAAGAACUUGCCCAGCAGGUGCAGAGAAGAGGACGUGCUAGAUAUGAUGUCGCAGCUGGGCUUUGGAUCCGAUAUCACCGCUUUCGAGAUGCCGACGCGCGUCGGAAAGGGCAACAGAAAGCUGAACAGGGGGUUCGCAUUCGUGUACUUCCGUGACGAGGGGGUGUGCCGGCGGUUCGUGCAGGACGCGGAGGGGUACCGCGGUUUCGGGGAGCAUUCCAGCAGCAGGGCCAUAUCCGUAACCUUCUCCUCGGAUUUCUCCGGCGGAACGACGGGUGGUCCUCGGCAGGAACGUCCGGGAAGACGGAGGGCGAGUUGA